AUGGCCGACUUCGAGAAAACCCACGCUCUCCACGAGCGAAUCAACAACCAACACAAUACCAAUGACAGUGACACCGACUUCAUCCCUCGACAAAUCACUCGGUCCGGAACCAAUGUCACCAUUUCCUCCGAGCUGUUCGAGAAGAUGUACCUCAACCCCAAAGUGGCCGAUCCGCCGGGGAUGAAACAUCCGCUGCAGAAGUUGUUUGGGAAUCCGACGCCGCUCGGUAUCGUUGGCUUCGAGCUCAGUUUGAUGCCAUUGGCGAUGGAGAUGAUGGGGUGGCGGCAGGCGGGUGGAGGAGGAUCGUUCCAGAAUGCGGCGAUCAUCUUCUACGGCGGCGUUCUCGUGUGGGUUGCGGGCAUCUUCGAGUUCUUCUUGGGCAACACCUUCUCCUUCCUCGUCUUCAUGUCGUUCGGCUCCUUCUACGCAUCCUCCGGCGCAAUGUACAUGCCCAGCUUCGGCGUGUACGCCUCCUACUCCCCUGAUCCGAUCAACGAUCCCGCGGCCGGUCUGAAUUCGCCGGAAUUCAACGCAAACAUGGGCUUCUACUGGGUCGCCUUCACCCUCUUGAUGGCAUUCUUCUGGAUCUGCACGAUCCGUACGAAUGUCGUCUUUGUUGCGCUGUUCGCGUGCAUCGUCCUCGGUUCGUGCUUGCUUUCCGGCUUGUAUUUCUCUGUUGCGGGUGGGCAUUUGCAGACGGCGCAUAAUCUUCAGUUGGCCGCCGGUGGGAUUUUCUUCGUGGCGACAAUCAUCGGAUGGUACCUUUUCGCAGCGCUGGUCUUCCCAACGGUGGACUUUCCCAUCAGUCUUCCGAUGGGCGAUCUGACGAAUGUGGUCCCGAGUCUGACGCAGCUGAGGAACCGAAAACAGCACGAGUUGGGACAGAGGAAGAAGAGCGAUGCGGACAGUGUUGCGGAUAAGGUCUGA